AUGCGAUAUUUAGCUUCUAUGGAAGAUUUUAUAAUUUACUUGAUUCAGAUUUCAUUAAUAAAUUUUCAGCUCCAAUGGGUCCUUGGUUGGUCCAUUAGUGCAAUUCUAGGGUUUUAUUCAAUUUUUGGUUUGUAUGAAUAUACACGGACUGGCGACAUUUCUUUGUGGUAUUCCCUUACAUAUGCUGCGAUCGGACGUCUAUCUUUUGCUAUAGCUUUGGGAUGGAUUGCUUUUGCUUGCGAGACAAACCAUGGCCAAACAAUGAAUGCCAUUCUUGGCCACAAAAUGUUUAUUCCUCUUAGCAAGAUUACUUUUUGUGCUUAUUUGCUACACCCAAUAUUGUUGCAAUUAUAUUAUUUCAGUCGGCCUAGUGCUUUUCACUUUACUCAUUCAUUCCAAUUGGUGAAUUUUUUGAUUUAG